AUGUAUAUCGGGUCAUCUCCAACUCGCGAACAGGAGGACAAGGUUAUUCACAAUCGACGAAGGAAAUCUCGACUUUCUGGAAUUCCACCCCUCCAACCAGCCGAAAGCCUUGUCUCCCUUUCCAGCACUUCGGAAGAAAUCGUUGAGAAUCUUCUUCGACCAGGGGCUUUCGAUGACGACACUGAAGAGGAAGAUGGACGCACGACACCUACUGGGAAGCACAAGGCGAGAGUAAUACAGUGGCAGGAGACCCUGAUAGCUGCCACUCCCAAAGGGAGGAAAUCGACCGGCUAUCCAAAGUCCUCACCAAGUUCGCCAAUGCCAGGAACUCUUAUUACGCCCAACUCCAGCUUCUUCGACUCUUACACCUCAAUCCCAGACGAGAAACCACCCAAAAUGCAUGCCACCUGCCAGACUGAACCUUCAUUCUCUCAGUCCGCCACGCACCAGCCUUCGAACGCUCCGGUCUCGCAGCGCAAGACGAAACCCCUUUCGAGAACCAUGAGCAUGGAGCAACGCCAGCUGUUCAUUUCUCGCCUCGGAGCCGCAUACGCAGAGAAGGCUACGAUCUACGUCGUUCCCAAGGCUGAUGUCCACGUUAUUGCCGAUACGGCUCGCGAUACAGGUUUCAUUGCAAGCGUUGUCACGAACGAGGUCGAAGGGGAUGAUCAAAGUCUACUCGUUAUAGGAAGGGACGAAGAGGAGGUCGAGAAGCUUUUGGCGCGCGUCCAGCAAGCUGAAAGGAACAAGGUCACUGAGAAGAUGACGUCCGCAUCAUCAUCUUCUGCAGAUUAUGCUCCCGAAAAGCCCAGGUCGUCCACAUCCGCGUUAAAAGCGGCGGCGGGAGGUGCUGUUGUUGGUGCUGUCGGUGCUUGGGCAGGUUUAGCCUUUUCUUAAUGUGGGAUGUGUCAGGAUUUCCGGAAUGGUUGCAUUGAACGCAGGCGAUUGGGUUUUGCCUAGUAUGGCGCCCCCUUCUCCCUCGAUCGUACCGUUGACCCGGACUAAGCUCUUUACUCUAAUACACCCUACUAUGCCUUCCUUUCCGAGCUCGUUGGAUCUCGUGCGUUUUCUUGCGUUCUUCUUUCAACUAUCCUUUCCCUUCGGAGUCUUGUCUAUGACCUCUUUCCUUCCACUCUUACCUCGGUUCCGAGGGUAGGCUCAAGCUCUAUGUACACGAUGUUCGAUUCGAAGUGCAGUAUUGUACCUCUUGUGGCCUUGUACGACUUGACUGCUCUACUGGCUUAAUUCUUACGUCUAUAAUACCAACUCUCCUACU